UGAGUAGUCUUCCCUACACUAUCGAACAGAUGACUGAUGUGGAUACAGAAAUCACCAUAUGAGCGGACACAGCACUCCCGGCAAAGCUCCAGCCAUCCCAAGCGAGAGAACCAACUCAAUGAGCACCGAACUCUCAUCCCACGAGACCAUACCAUCCAUAGACACCAUCUGUCCCCCCGAGAUAUUCACCCUAAUAAUCCAAGAUUACCUCGAGCGGCAAUACCCCAUCCACCCACUAAUCCACAUCCCGACCUUCAAGCAGCAAAUCUCCCAAAACCUCCACCAAACGGACCCCAAACUCUUCAGCUUCACCAUCUCCCUCUGCGCGACCUUCUGCGCCGUGCAGCCCCGCCGCUUCGCCCACUACCAGUCCCUCUGCGCCGCGUUCAAGACCGCGUACCCUACGAUCCGGGACUUCGUCAAGCGAGUGCACCUCGUGAUCCAGAGGCAGCGGGAUCCAGACGCGUAUGAGGACCUGACCAUGACGGACUGGGCGCUGGCGUGUACGCUGUUUAUGUCUCAUGCGUGUAUAGGGCAGAGCAGCAGUGCGAGGAUGUAUAAAGCCGAGGCGACGGCUAUUAUCAUUGAGUUGGUAGGCGGGCAUCGGUUAGGGAAGUAUGCGAAUCCGAUUGAGGUGCAGUUGAGGAAGAAGGCGUUUUGGAUCACCGUUGCGGCACAUAUCUGUCUCCGCAUAACCGGCGAAUCCCUCGAAACCCUAACCGACCGCUCCGUCUUCGAACAAGUCGACGCCGAAAACCUCCAGAUCCUCCCCCUCGACGACGAAUACAUCACCGCGGACUCCAUCCUCGCGCCACCACCCGGCGAACCCCAACUCACAGCCGCAUUCUGCGAGACCACCAAACUGAUCAAGACCAUGGCAGCUAUCACUAAGGAUCCCACGCAGCCGAAAGCCGUCACGGCGGGUGGCGGUCUAGGUCUCCGCCACAUGUCUUCUUCUUCUUCUUCUUCUUCUUCCUCUGAGUGUUUUGUGGCUGAGAAGUUGGGUGCUUGUGGGGGGUGUGGGAGGGUGAUUCGGAUGGCGCCGAGGAUGCUGGUUUUUAGGAAUAGGUUGGGGAAGGUGGCGGGGUGCUUGAGGGGGUUGCCGGGGUAUUUGGCGGCGGGGUAUGAGUUUGGUGGGGGUGGGGGUGGAGAUGAGGAUGAGCGAGGGAGUGGUAGAGGUGGUGCUGGUGGUGAUGGGCGAUUAAAAGCGAGGCAAAUUGAGACAGUGAGGACGAAUAUGCAUGUUGAGCAUCUGUGGAUGCAGAAUGUGUUGAUUGAGAGGCUGAGUAUGGCGUCUAAGACGGAGAGUGACGGCGCGAUGGGCCCGAAAGACAUUUGGGAGUUGAGGGAGGAGGUUUGUAGGAGGUUGUUGGGGGUGUUGGAUAGGGCGAAGGAGGAGUUUGUGGAGCCGAAUGGUCAUGCUUUGAUCCUUAAAAUCCGGCAAAUCGCAGCCUCACUCCUCGAUUUCCAACCAAGUGAUGACCCAGCACAAAUGGAAAUUGUGCGUAGCGCUCAAUUAUAUCUGAAACGCUUCACAGACGCUCUGAAGAGACUGGAUAGCAGCUAUCUCCACGGCCAGGUCAUUGAUAUGAAUAUCAUGAAUCAGCAGCACAUGGCUCUAGCAGCGAAUAGGAAUGCUGGAUGACAUGGGUGGAGAGGAUGUUAGUUCUGGGGAGAAGAGGGCUGGGAGGAUUUCAUGGAUGGGUUGAGAGUAUGCAUAGCGAUUUAGAUGGAAAUUAGCUAUAAAUUGAGUGUGUUGCUUCUUGUUGUUGACUGCUAGUCCCCAGAGCUUUUGACGCUUGCCUCCAGGGAGGAGUGAGGGGAUGAAGACUGAAGAGGCGAGCGCAGGUCCCAGGGAACAACGAUCGAGAAAAAAGGUUGGCAGCCAACUCUCGACUAUUGGGAGGGCAUGAAUCACCUUGUAGAAACAAUGCCGUUAUUUUCGCAAAACCCUAGAUCCGAAGACUGAUGUCAAGUGAUGAGGAUGAUUGAG